AUGCUUCAACAUUUUCGUCCCGCUCCAGGAGCACUUUCCAUAGUCAGAUCCCGUUUGGUUAUAAAGCCUUCAUCAAUAGUGAGAUGCAUCUCAUUGAAGCCAGAUUUUUCAAAACUUAAAAAGAUAGAACAGCCACCAGGCUUUAUUGUUGGCACUGUUAACGAACCAUAUAAACCACCAGAAGCAUCUUUCUACGAGGGUGGAUACCACUGGACUUAUGAACGUUUUAUUGCUAUCAGUUUAGUACCUUUGGCCAUGUCCCCAUUCAUCGGAGGAGUUGAACAUCCUAUGAUCGACUCAAUAUUUUCCAUAGCUUUAUUAUUUCAUUGCCACACCGGUUUCAAAUCAUGCAUUAUUGACUAUAUACCUAAGAGGGUCUACGGCAUAUGGUAUGGUAUUGCAAGCAAAUUAUUAACUUUAGGUACAUUCGUGGGUAUGUACGGAGUCUAUCUCUUAGAAACAGAAAGCAACGGUUUAUUCGAGUUAAUCAGAAACAUUUGGAACAGUUAG